AAAGCUAUGUUUUCGCUGGAGAAAAUACGUUGGAGAUGUCAGAUAGGAUCAUUGACAGCCCUCGUAAAUCUCAGAAAGGUUAUUCCAAAGUUAGGCUUGUGAUGAAUGCCAAAUUACGUAACGUACCAGUUAUUGUAAAUCUAUCGGGAAAACGAAGUGGCUCUAAAUAUUCUUUCUUUUUCACGGGAGAAAUAUCCGCCUCAGAUAUCAAAGAACUUGAGAAUGAUGAGUAUGAUGUUCAAAUAGCUGUUGUAAAUAAUACACAAUUAGGUUCAGUGGUUUUUGGCACGGGCGGAGUUUACACCAUGGUUUUGAACGAAGAAAAGAGGAGUUUUGCCGUUACAACAAUCACGCCUGAAAACUAUGUCAGCGUGCUCUGGCUAAUUCCACAAUAUUUUUUAAUGGCCUGUAGCGAGAUUUUAUACGCAAUUACUGGUCUAGGAUUCGCAUUUUCUCAGUCUCCCAGGAGCAUGAAAACUAUGAUAAUGUCUGGUUUGCUAACAUCAGUCGCAUUCGGCAACGUAAUCGUCAUUGCCAUUUCUGGAGCACAAAUCUGCAAAGACGCGGUAUGGGAAAUUUUGAUUUACGCCGGAAUCAUGUUUCUCUGCAUGAUUGUCUUCUCUAUCCAAGCCAUGUGGUACCAAUACGCUGUCAUCCCGCCUGAGGACGAUUUUAUAAUGGAGACGAAUGGAGAAGACGGCUCGUCAGCAAAAAAGAAUAAGGAGGUCAACAUCAAUUGGCUCAAAGCUAAGAUCAUAUCAGCAACCAAGGGGAAAUAUUUUAAUUAAUUCCUUUAUUCAAUUGUAAUAAUCAGGGCUGUAAACUUUAGAUAGUAUUCUUGGGUGACUGUUGGACUGCUUUUAAGGGCAAAUCCAUCCUGAAAGUUUAAAAAUUAAUUAAUAAAUAUCAUCACAAAAACGAUCAAUUUUCAAGAAUUUUUAAUUGUACGAUUAAAAUUAUUUUUCGACGGGUUAGAAAAACAUUUCGCUUCAAAUUGAGUUAUUGGUGCUCAUUUGAUGGUCUCAUAUCGACUGGAAGCUCAGAAAAAUUCAAAGUUAAUAUAGUCAUCUAAAAUUUACAGCCCAUAUUUUGUUAUAAUUAAAACUGAUUUACAUCCAGGGAAAAAAGAACGUCGGGAAAUUGAAGAUUUUAAAAUUCAAUCUAUAUUUUGUGUUUCGCAUUUGGCCCUGAAAAAAAUAAUUUUUAACAACCUUAUAGCUGUUUAAUGA